AGGAUCAGAGCUGCACACACACACACCGGUGGAAAACACACACACACUUCCUCACCGAGGCUGGACCGCAGCGCUCCCGGCCCGAGGCGGAGCGCAGACCCCGGCUUCCAGGCGCCGCAGCCCGCGGAGACAGUGGACCUCACAUCGCCUUACUUUACAGACAUGGGAGACAUGGGGGACCCGCCGAAAAAGAAGCGGCUGGUGUCUCUAUGCGUGGGGUGCGGGAACCAGAUCCAUGACCAGUACAUCCUGCGGGUCUCCCCGGACUUGGAGUGGCACGCCGCCUGUCUCAAAUGUGCUGAGUGCAGCCAGUACCUGGACGAGUCCUGCACGUGCUUUGUCAGGGACGGAAAGACUUACUGUAAACGGGACUAUAUCAGGUUAUACGGGAUAAAAUGCGCUAAAUGUAAUAUCGGCUUCAGCAAGAAUGACUUCGUGAUGAGGGCUCGGUCCAAAGUCUACCACAUCGAGUGUUUCCGCUGCGUGGCCUGCAGCCGACAGCUCAUCCCGGGAGACGAGUUCGCUCUUCGAGAGGACGGACUGUUCUGCCGAGCCGACCAUGACGUGGUGGAACGGGCCAGCUUGGGCAGCGGAGACCCGCUCAGCCCGCUUCAUCCAGCCAGACCGCUGCAGAUGGCAGCAGAACCGAUCUCCGCUCGGCAGCCUGCGCUGCGACCACACGUCCACAAGCAGCCGGAGAAGACCACCCGGGUCCGGACGGUGCUGAACGAGAAACAGCUGCACACGCUGCGGACCUGCUACAACGCCAACCCGAGACCCGACGCCCUGAUGAAGGAGCAGCUAGUGGAGAUGACCGGCCUGAGCCCGCGGGUGAUCCGGGUCUGGUUCCAGAACAAACGGUGCAAGGACAAGAAGAAGAGUAUUCUGAUGAAGCAGCUGCAGCAGCAGCAGCCCAACGACAAGACGAACAUCCAGGGCAUGACGGGGACCCCGAUGGUCGCGGCCAGCCCGGAGCGGCACGACGGCGGGAUCCAGGCGAACCCGGUGGAGGUCCAGAGCUACCAGCCGCCCUGGAAGGUCCUCAGCGACUUCGCCCUGCAGAGCGACAUCGACCAGCCGGCCUUCCAGCAACUGGUCAGCUUCUCGGAGGGAGGACCGGGGUCCAACUCGACCGGCAGCGAGGUAGCGUCCAUGUCGUCCCAGCUUCCCGACACGCCGAACAGCAUGGUGUCCAGCCCCAUCGAGGCCUGAGCGGCCGCACCGGCGCGCGGACCGAAGCACCGUCCCAUUCCUCCGACAGCACCCAGCAACCCACCGGUUGUAUGUUGACACUGUGAAGACAAUCAUGGGAUUUAUCACAGCCACCCGCUCAUCCCGACCCGGCGGACGGACGCCCGGUGGCCGGUGCUGGCCAUCCUCUCGCCUUACAGUUGCCAAAAAGAGAAGACGGAAUGGGAAUCUAAAAGACAGACUGCACGCGCUCAGCGGCUCUGAGCAGAAACUGGUGAUUUUUUAUCUCAUCCAUCCUGAUAAUGACCGAACGGUCCAUUUGGAGGAGAACGGCUCCGGUUCUGCUCCAGUAAUUGGUUUCCUUCAUGGCCCACGAGGCACUUGCAACAAGGUAUACCUCUCCCGCCAGGCUCCGUGGGACGUGUUUGAGGUGGUGUCCGUCCAGACCAACAGGCGUUUUCUUUUCUGUCCCAAAGAUGUGUAAAUUACUCACGAGUUAGCUCUCUGAACCAAGAUGGUGUGUGUCUGUCCCCGUGCAACAGAAUUAUUUAUUAUUUAUUGCCGAUAAAUUUGCCACCUUUUGUGUAACUUUCGUAAAUGAAGUAAAAAAGAAGAUAUUUGA